UGACCCGGGGGAGCUGCAGCAGGAGGUAUUGGAGCUGACCCACACCAACAAGCGCCUGACGGGGGAAAACCAUGACCCUCACCUCACACCUCACCACUGCCGAGGAGAACAAUGCCGCCCUCAGGGACCAGUGUCGCGCCCUGCACCAUGCCCUCGAGGGCGUGCAGCAGCAGUUGUCGGUGGCGCGGGAGCUGGAGGCGGAGGUGGAGGCAGCGCGGAGGCAGGUGGACGACGGCAGGGAGGAGAAGGAAUCCCUGGUGAGCCGCCUGGCGCACCUGGAGAGGGACAACGCCUCCCUCGCCUCCAGAUUACAGCUCCUCACUGACCAGCUGAAUGCGGCGCAGGAGGAAGCGGAGAGCCACAGCCAGCGGGAGGAGGAGGCCGUGAGGAGGCACAGAGAGGAGGUGGCACGCCUGUCCUCCCAGCUGACCCACUGGAAGGCACAGGCGGAGACACAGACACUAGCCGCUUAUCGCCUUCAAGAGACCCUGGAGGAUGUGCAGAAACUAGUAGAGGUUCUAAGGGAGGAGAAGAGAAGCCUGGAGGAGCAGCUCAACCAUGUGAAGGAGGAGCUAGCAGCGGCCACGGCCAGUACUGAGAGUGAACUGAGUGGCCUAGAGGUGGGGGAUGACGGGAUGACCUUUGACACAGUAACCCCGGAGAAGGUAGCAGAUGGGGGCAGGGGGAGGGAUGCUGCUGGCCCCUCCCCUGUGGCCCUGACGCCUGGUGCCCUCCUUGCCACCCCUACCACUGUGACUCCAGCCCAUGCACACCCCUCGCCCUCUGUCAAUACACCUCUUAGUAUACACUCAGAGAUACAGACUAUGGGGGAGGACAGCGGCUCCCUUCCUUUCUGUGAGAAGAGUGAGGGGGCGAACAGUGAGGAGCGCCCCAGCACCGCAUCCUCUGACGCUGCUGGCUCUCCACUUGCCUCUGUCCUGAACAGCAUGCUGCGUUGGUGGAGGGAGUGGGAGGAGCGUGGCAUUCCCCUCCUACGUGCCAUGCUCAAUCAAGACACCGUUGCCCUCCACAACCAUGUAGCUGCUCAUUAUGAGGAACUGCUGAGGCUGGAGAGAGAGCUGCAGGAAGUCCGACGAUUGACGCAGCCACUCUCCAUGACCUCUGAGUGGGCGCCGCUGGAGGAGGCACUGCAGGAGGGAUCAGUGAGUAGCACAAGGGACUCGGCUCUCCCAUCCUCGCAGGCCACCACGCCCACCAUGCGCAAAAGACAAGUCCGCACGCCGGGCUCCUUCGUGUCUCAGCUCAUCUCCAAGUUUGAGUCAUCCAGUCAGUCCAGCAGCCCAGUGUAUUCUGAGGCCAGCGAGAUACCUGGCUCUGGAGACCAUCUGAGUGGCCUUUCCAGGAUGCUACAGAGGGCCAGGUGGGACAGGCGGUCCUCCUUUGACGACUGUGCCAGGAGUGAGUCUACGAACUCAGAGGACGGGAGGAGUCUGGACCCUCACAUCAAGAGGACCUUUGAGGAGAAGAUAAGGCUACAGGAGGACUACCUAAGAGGCCACGGCAGGGACACUGUGGGCCGUGACAUUCCAGCUAAGGGUGUGCAGCGUGACAGCCAUGGCCCUGAGUCUGGCAGUGAAGGAGGGGGACCUGUGAGCAGUGACCAGAGUGAUAGGGAGGGCAGUGUCUUCUUGGAUUAUGGCCUUGAACCUGAGAAGAAGAAAUCUGACAAUAACUCAAUAUCCAUCACUACACAAGGCCAGGAGGACAGCAGGGAGGAGGAGGACAAAGAGGAGGAGAAUGAGGGUAGGACUGUUGUGAUGGAGGAGGACCCUGUGCCAAUGAGUGACCCGUACAUGGAGACGAGCCACUUGAUGAAGCUGAUGAAUGAAGUGGCCGAGCAGCGGGCCAUCAUUGUGGAGCUCAGGCAGAAGGUGAGCAGCGGGGAGGAGGAGAAAUACAAGCUGGUAACCACCCUGGAACGCCUGCACCGCCUGGCACUACUGACGUCCUCUGAUACCUUCAGAUGGACGGAGGGGGUGAGGAGGGAGUGGCUUGCGGUGGUGGCUCCCAGACAGGGAAGGUUGGGGGAGGAGGGGGAGGGGGCGGACUCCCCUACCUCAGCCCUUCCCAGCCACCACCCCCUCGACGAAGUGCCCCUCACCACCUCCUUCUCUCGCGAAGAGAUCGAGGCUCUCAUCACUGCUCGUCGUGACCCUCCCCCUUGUGAUGUGCUGCCCCGGGAGGAGGACCAGGCCAUGCACGUGGCCAGUCCUGAGAGCCUCGCUGCAGAGUUGGAACGGGAACUAACAGCACUAAGGGUCCACGUGCUUCGCUCCCACGCCCUCCUUCAUCACUACCAGAGCAGCAGCAGUCAGUAUGGAAGCAGGGCCGAGAUGUCCACCCCCGCCACACAGCAGGCCCUUCACCAUGCUCAAGGUGUGGAGGUCGGGGUGGAGUGUGACCUGUGUGGACCUACCUGUGUGCCGCGCCCCUGUGACUCCACCGCCACGCAGACCCCCGCCUCGCCCCUCUCCACCACACCAGAGUGCGAGGAGGACGCCGCGGCGCCCCUCACCGCCACCACCACCGCCAGCACCAGCGGCACACGGCUGGAGGUGGAGGAGGAGGAGGUGGAGGAGGAGGGGGAGCAGCAGCAGCAGCAGGAGAGGGAAAGAGUAGAGACAAAACCACAAGCAAGGCAGAAGACUAUCCAGUGGAAGGAGGAGUUCCUGGAGGUGGAGGAGGAGGAGGAAGAGGAGGAGGAGGAGGAAGGGAGGAGAGCGGAGGACAAGGAAGAGGAAGGGAGGACAGUUUUCGAUGAAGGGUCUUCGUCUCAAGAGGAACACGAAUUACUCUUGUCCGUGGGCGGGGGAGCGAAGGAGCCGCGGCGCCCCCACCAGCAGCACCUCCAGCAGCAGCCCCAGCAGCACCCCCCAGGUCCUCGGCAGCUAGGAGUAGCGGAGGAGGACGACAAGGAAGCAGCAGCAGCAGCAGCAGCAGCAGCAGGCGUGGAAGAAGGCGAGAUCAUCCUGAUGGCCAGCGAGCACACCCUGUACAGCCCCAAGCCGGCCUACGACCACCUCGACCACUACAGGAUGGUGCGGAAGUUGUCUGUCCUGCACGAGGAGGCUGAGGACGUAUCGUCCUGCUGCUCCACGCUCUCCUGCCGCUCCCCGAUGCCCCCCGAGGGCAUGGUGGCGGCCAGCUCCCUCACGCUGCCGCUGCCCUCCCCCGCCGAGGAUACCGCCGAGGAGGGCGGCGGAAUCCUGUUCUCUCCGCAGUCCAUCACCUCGCAGGUGCUGGCCCUCGCCUCACCCAUCUCGCCCUUCUCUUCCUCAUCGCCCUUCUCCGCCUCCCUCGAGGACAUGACCUCCGCGGCGGCGCUGGAGGCCUCCUUCCGUGACGAGGCGCUGCCCGAGGGGCAGGAGAGCUGCUGGGACGCCGAGGAGCGGGCCAGCACCUCCUCUCUCACCGAGAGUGCCGACCUGCUGCUGGACCCGCGCUACGAGGGCGCCUGGCACCUGCGACACGACGGGGCGGCGCCUGAGGGCUGGGUGUGGGCGGGGCACGGCAUGGAACUGUACGCCCAUUAUGGAGAGGACGCCCACAGUGACACGCGGCCAUUGCUGGGCGGCGAGGACCAGCGGCGAUCGUCUUUGGGCGGCGUGGGUCACCGGGGCAUCUCCCCCUCCACUUCCUCGUCGUCUGGCCGCAGCCUGUCCCACUGCCGCCCGCUGCAGCUGUCCUCCGCCACGCCCACCGUGCAGAGCUUAGUGGCGCCCACCUCCGUGGUGGCGUGCUCCGUCAUGGCCUGCGCCGAGCCCGCGGCGGGGGACGUCGCCCCUGACAUGGACUCCAUGGACACAAUCAACCGCCGGGACUCACUGCCGCUGCCACCCGGGGCGAGCCGCCCCUGGUGGGCCCCACGCUCCCGUGCCGCCUCGCCGCUCUUCUCGUCAGCAGAAUCGUCGCCGCUGGGCUCCCCGGCCUACCGCACACCUCCGGAGGGCACGCCAUGGUCCACGCCGCGGCCUUCCCUGGAGCUGGAGGGCCGCAUGGACCCUGCGCUGGCAGUGGACUGGCCUGACGGUGUGGAAGGUUCCACGCCCUUCCACACGCCCCGCCCAUCCCUGACGCCGCGGCCCUCCCUCGUGCUGGAGCCUGGCGAGGGGUGCCCCAGCAGGCUGCUGCUGGCGGGGGACGGGCCGUCUGGCUCGCUGCCUCAGCGCCGGGGUUCAGACUCUCCUCUGGAUGACCCCUGGACUCCGCAGAACGGUCAGUCCCCAACGGGUCGCGGCCCCGCGCCGUACCCCGCGGACACACUGCCCUCUCCAGACGGCACGCCCCGCAGGCCGUCCACGCUGACUCACACCCAGUUGUGAUGGCCGCCCCGCCCCGCCCCGCCACCUGAAUCACCCACACCCGCACACCCGUGACACGCGGGCGGGGCGGCGCCGUGCCUGAGAGGGGAGGGGAGGAACAGUGCCAGGGUGCCAGGGCCCCAGGGAGGAGGGACAACACUGCCUCUUAGUGAACACUCGUGUGGACCAAAGUUAUUGUGGUUCUGCAAACGUGUACGUGUGUGUGUGUGUGUGUGUGUGUGUGUGUGUGUGUGUGUGUGUGUGUCCAUGAGUGGACGUGCGUGUGUCUCAGUGCAGUGCGUGAGGUGUGCACGUGUCUUUGUGAACGUGGAGUGUGUACGAGUGUGUGCGUCCCUGGAGGGAGGCGGUCCUCGGGAGGCACGCCGGGGCCUGCUCCUGGCUCACCCUAGAAGCAACACACACACACACACACACACACACACACACACACACACACACACACACACACACACACACACACACACACACACACACACACACACACAGUCACGUUGCAAAUCAAGCGUAGAAUGUGCACAAGAUUAUUCACUCGUUUGUUGGUGUCUAAAUUUUCGUUCAUUACAAAGUUUCCUUACAUUUUACUGCAUCAUUUUUACCUCAGUACAUAACAACCGAUUAAGCGAAAGAAAAAAAAAACAAUUAUCCCAAAUGUAACAGUUUAGCAGCGCAGCACAUCAAAUUAAAGGAGAAUUACACACAUUACAGGCCACAAAAGAAAACUGGAGUGCCUGGAGCGGUGACUAAAGCAGACGGUCACUUUCCAGGUAACGAGAAGAGAGAUUAUAUACCCGCGUGUGACUUUUGCUGCCUAGCGUGAAGAAAACGGAGUCUGACCUGCCAACAUUUUGCACGAAUUUGUUAUAGUUUGUGUUGUGCUGUGUGAGUUUGUUUCCACUGUGCAUUGUUCGUUUAUCUAUUUAUAACACACUGUAUUUUAGAAAGAAACACACACACACACACACACACACACACACACACACACACACACACACACACACACACACACACACACACACACACACACACACACACACACACACACAAA